GGGCUCCAGCUUCGCCCUGUCCACAAGAGCGGGCACAGAAUGUGUGGCACACCUCAUCCAGAGCUUGACGCAGGCCAACCCAGAGGCCACGGUGCUCUCCAUAGACGGCAUUGGCGCGUUCGACCUCAUGUCGCGCAACGCCAUGCUCCACGGAUUGGCGGGCCUCCCAGCCGCGAGCUCAGCGCUACCAUUCUGCAGGAUGUUCUACGGGCACUGUGGCAUCGGCGUCAACAUGGGCAAGACGAAGGGCCUGGUGGUCCUCGGCACGCCCAUCGGGCACGCGGAAUUCGUCCGCCACCAUAUGCGCUCCCUGCUGGCAGACCAUUGCUUUCUCCUGCACCGGCUGUGCCAAGUCGGAGACCUCCAGACGGCCUGGCUGCUCCUGAGCAUGUGCGCCAACCCGCGGGCCAAUUUCUACAUGCGCACAAUGGCACCGGAGGACGCGCUCGAGUUCGCGACGGCCCACGACGAGCACAUGGCGGCGGCGGUCACAGACCUCCUGGGGACCCCUGCGGACCAGCUAGCCGUAGGACAGACGGCCAGGGAGGUCGCGCAGCUCCCGCUCUGCCUCGGAGGGCUGGGCCUGCGCUGCGCCGCCCGCAUGGCGCCCGCGGCGUCGUGGGCGUCUUGGGCGGACUGA